AUGAGAAGGAGAAGCGGACGAGAAGGAGCAGCAGCAGCAGCAGCUGGCGAUAGAAAGGGGGAAAGGGAUGAAAAAAAAGAGUCAAGGGCAGGCAGGAUGUCGCUGAUCAACGAGACGCAUGAUUCACUUCCAUACAUCGACGAGGACGUGACGCCUCAGGUGCGCGCAGAGCUCAGCAGACUCAUUGACGCCGAGCUCCCUGCAGACAACCGGUCGACUCUCCAUCCAUCUCUGCCAGAGCUCCCGCCGACCAAGUUCUCGCCUCUGAUAGAGCAGGAGCUUGAGAGAAAGGCGAGAAACGAACCCAUCUCUGGUGGAAUUGAUCUGUCUCGAUAUGAAGCUCCAGAGAUACCUCCUUCCUCCACAGACCCGAACGCCGACCCUGCCACCGUUAUAGACGACUGGAGACAGACUCUGCGACGCGCAUACGCUGCACACCUUCAUCUGUCCAUCAGGAAGGAGAACCUAGCUUUGCUAGAAGCCCAUGGCAAGAACGCGUGGUUGAUUGGCAACAUGCAGUUAGAGGAGAUCCUGCGACGCACUGAAAAGGAGCUGCAUGAUACCACUGAAGCCACGGAGGCAGUUAAUCGAGAGAGGAAGCUAAGGCAAGAGAGCGUCAGGGGAGAACUAGCGGCUCUGGAAGAUACAUGGAGACGGGGAGUGAGCGGAACUUUGGAUGUUGAGAUUGCAGCUGAGAAACUCAGGAGGGACAUUCUAGACAUGAGGCGGCAGCAAGCACAACCCUAG